GGAUUUGGAGCUAGCUAGCUGCAAGAUUGAGCAUUGGUAAUGGAGGCCGUCAAGGUGUUGAGCUCUAAGCUGGUCAGGCCGUCGUACCCGGAGGGCGCGCCGGCGCCGGACACGACGGAGGUCGUGCCGUCGUCGAUGUUCGACGAGGUGACGUACGACAUGCAGAUGGCCAUCAUCUACGCCUUCAGCCCGCCGGGGCCCUCCACGGCCGACAUCGAGCGGGGGCUCGCCGAGGUGCUCGCCGUGUACAGGCUCUUCGCCGGCCAGGUGGUCCGCCGCGACGGCCGGAGAGGCGUGGCGCUGAAUGACCACGGCGCGAGGCUGGUGGAGGCCCGCGUGGACGCCAGCCUCGCCGAGGUCGCGCCGGCGAAGCCGUCGCCGGUUGUGCUGCAGCUGCACCCGAGCCUCGAGGGGGAGAUCGAGGAGGUGGUGCAGGUGCAGCUCACGCGGUUCGCGUGCGGCUCGCUCGCCGUCGGGUUCACGGCGAACCACGCCGUCGCGGACGGCCAUGCCACCAGCGACUUCCUCGUCGCGUGGGGCCGCGCCGCGCGGGGGUUCGCCUUCGGCCCGGCGCCGCCGCACCACCGGCCGGACCUGUUCCGGCCGCGCGACCCGCCGGCCGUGGAGUUCGAGCACCGCGGCGUGGAGUACUACCACCCGCCGCCGUCGUCCGCGGGCGGCGACCACAAGCACGGCCACGGCGAGGCCCACCACACCAUCGUCAUCCACAAGGCGCACUUCACCAAGGACUUCAUCGCGAGGCUCCGCGCGUCGGCGUCGGAGGGGCGCGGCCGGCCGUUCAGCCGGUUCGAGACCAUCCUCGCCCACGUGUGGCGCGCCAUGACGCGGGCGCGCGGGCUCGGCAACCCGCUCCAGAGCUCCACCAUCCGCAUCUCCGUCGACGGCCGGCAGCGGCUGUCGGCGCCGCCGGGGUACUUCGGCAACCUGGUGCUCUGGGCGUUCCCGCGCGCCACCGUCGGCGACCUCCUCAACCGCCCGCUCAAGCACGCCGCGCAGGCGAUCCACGACGCUGUGGCCCGCGUCGACGCCGCCUACUUCCGCUCGUUCGUGGACUUCGUCGGCUCCGGCGCCGUCGAGAGCGAGGCGCUCGCCCCCACCGCCGUGCUCAAGGACGUGCUCUGCCCCGACCUGGAGGUGGACAGCUGGCUGACCUUCCCGUUCUACGAGCUGGACUUCGGCGGCGGCAGCCCGAGCUACUUCAUGCCGUCCUACUUCCCGACGGAGGGGAUGCUGUUCCUGGUGCCGUCCUACCUCGGCGACGGCAGCGUCGACGCCUUCGUCCCCGUCUUCGAGCACAACCUCGAAGCCUUCAAGCAGUGCUGCUACUCCAUGGAUUAGCUUCGCUCCUCUUCUCCUAUAUUGCAUUUUGCGUUGCGUUGCAUGCGAUUGCGUACAUGCAGAUCAACGUCGUACGCCGACCGUAUUUUCGAUCGUAUGCGUACGUAUGUACGUACGCCGAUCGAUCGAUCCUAGAUAAAUACUUACUUGUACUAAGAUUUUACUGUAUAUUUCCGGGGUAUGUGUAGUGUAGCCGUGUGCUUGGCCCAGAUAGAUCGAGGCUUUGAAUUUGCUGCUGUUCUAAGUUAAUUAGUGUUGCUUUUGUCGUGUGCAACACCAUCUUUAAUUAAUACCAUUGUCUUGUACAUGCAUGUUCGGUGUCUCCUAAUGGUGGUGCUCAUUCUGUUGCAACAUGUAUACGUGCAUCUACGCUAGCCGAAUUGCCGU